AGGCAAGGCGUCACCAGCAGCGGUUCUAUUGCCCAUUAAUACUUUGCCAGGAGUAUUUGCUAAAGCAUCAAAUCAAACUCAAAUCACGAGAGAGAAAAAAGAAAAAAGAAAAAAGGGAAAAAAGAUCUAAACGGCAAGCUAUCCCAGAAUAUGGUGUCGUACGUCAGUGCGUUGCUGUACGGAGUGGGCGGCAUAGUGAUGGCAGGGAUGGCGCUGCUCGUGGCUUUCCAAGAGAGGUUAGUCUACGUCCCUGUCUUGCCCGGUCUCACCAAAUCCUAUUCUAUAACUCCUGCCCGCCUCCGACUCCUUUACGAAGACGUUUGGCUCAGAUCCUCCGACGGCGUUCGCCUUCACUGUUGGUUCAUUAAGUUCUUUCCUGAAUGCCGAGGUCCAACCAUCUUGUUUUUCCAGGAGAAUGCAGGAAAUAUUGCUCACCGUCUUGAAAUGAUUCGCAUCAUGAUACAGAGGUUGCACUGCAAUGUGUUCAUGCUUUCAUACCGAGGUUAUGGAGCAAGUGAUGGAUACCCUUCUCAACAUGGAAUCACAAAGGAUGCUCAGGCUGCAUUGGAUCAUCUUUCUCAGAGGACUGACAUUGACACAACUAGAAUAGUUGUGUUUGGGAGGUCACUUGGGGGUGCAGUUGGGGCUCUGCUGGCAAAAAACAACCCUGAUAAGGUUGCUGGACUGAUUCUGGAAAAUACUUUUACGUCUAUUCUGGACAUGGCUGGAGUGCUACUGCCUUUCUUAAAGUGGUUUAUUGGAAGUAGUUGUUCAAAAGGUCCUAAAAUUCUUAAUUUUCUCAUCCGUUCUCCAUGGAGCACCAUUGAUGUCAUAAGCCAGGUUAAGCAGCCAAUCGUUUUUCUCUCUGGAUUGCAAGAUGAAAUGGUACCCCCAUCCCAUAUGGAAAUGCUAUAUGCUAAGGCAGCUGCUCAUAACAAGGAAUGCAUCUUUGUGGAAUUUCCUACUGGCAUGCACAUGGACACCUGGCUGGCCGGUGGUGAUCAUUAUUGGAGGACUAUUCAGCAGUUUCUUGACAAGGAUGUUCCCGAGAAGAAGGAAAAUGAGUCACACCACAUAGACCGAGACAAACCCUUUAUAAUCUGACGCCGGUGCCAAAUCUCGUAGAAGACUGCUCUCCUUUUCUGCAUGACUGUACUCUGUAACUGGUAAAGCGAAGAGAAACUACUUUGGUGAUUUGAAAGGCUGUUUCUUUGAUGUGGGACUUGAAUUCAGAAACCAUAAAAUUGUGAAUUGUAUGGUUUGAAAACAGCCACAUUCUGAAAAUGGUCAUUCCCUAAAGCAGAUGUCUUAUACCAAUAGUCAUAAAAUCAACUAGGUAAAAAAACAGCUGUUUUUGGUUUCAGCCACAUUAUGUGGUGGUUUGAUAUAUAUUUUUUUUUGGGUGGUUGUGCAAUAGUAGAAGUUUAUAUCUGUGAAAAAAGAGUUGAGGAAA